AACUCAUAACACAAACAAAUAAAACCACUUCUACAAAAAAAAAUGGAAACCAUAGGCAAAUUUGAGCACAAGUCUCAUCAUGUAGUACUAAUCCCAUACCCAGCUCAAGGCCAUGUUAGCCCAAUGCUAAAACUCGCAAAACUCCUCUACUCAACCGGUUUCCACGUCACGUUUGUCAACACCGAAUACAAUCACGCUCGCCUCCUCAAUUCCCGAGGCCCUUCAGCCCUUGAUGGCCUGCCAGGUUUCCGAUUUUGUACCAUCCCCGAUGGCCUUCCGCCUUCGCCCAAUAUUGACGCUACUCAAGAUAUCCCUUCUCUAUGCAAUUCCACUUCCAAGAACUGUUUGGAACCUUUCUCGGAAUUGUUAGCGAAGAUCAUGGCCUCAGAUGAAUCUCCGCCGAUUAGUUGCAUCAUUUCAGAUGGUGCCAUGAGCUUUACGCUCGAUGCAGCCGAGAGGUUUGGGAUACCCGAGGUGCUCUUUUGGACCACUAGUGCUUGCGGAUUUCUUGGUUAUACUCAGUUCGAUAAUCUGAUGAAAAGAGGCAUAAUUCCACCUAAAGAUGAAAGCUAUUUAACAAAUGGAUAUCUAGACACAAUAUUGGAGUUCAUAUCCGGAAUGAACGACAUCAAGCUAAGGGAUCUCCCUUCCUUCCUCAGAACCACCGAUCCCAAUGACUUGAUGCUUAACUUCAUCAAACGAGAAACAUCCAGAGCUUCAAUGGCUUCCGCCAUUAUCAUAAACACCUUCCAUGAAUUAGAAUCUCAAGUUCUCAACUCACUUUCCUCCUUCCUCCCCCCAAUUUACUCCAUCGGUCCACUCAACCUCAUAUCCAUUAAACCCACCACCGACGAAAUCCUAAAAUCCAUCGGUUCAAAUCUAUGGAAAGAAGAAACAGAUUGCAUUGAUUGGCUCAAUUCCAAAAAACCCAGAUCAGUAGUUUUAGUAAACUUCGGUAGCAUAACAGUCAUGUCAUCCGAUCAAAUGAAGGAAUUCGCAUGGGGUUUGGCCAACAGUGAAAUACCCUUCUUGUGGGUAAUCCGACCGGACCUGGUUAUCGGAGAGUCGGCUAUGUUGCCACCGGAAUUUGCAUCGGCGACUAAGGAAAGAGGGAAGUUAUCGAGUUGGUGUCCUCAAGAACAAGUUCUUCAGCAUGAGGCAAUUGGUGGGUUUUUGACACAUAGUGGAUGGAAUUCAACCCUUGAAGCGAUUUGCGGUGGGGUGCCGAUUUUGUCUUGGCCAUUUUUUGCAGAGCAACAGACGAAUUGCAGGUAUUCGUGUGUUGAAUGGGGGAUUGGAAUGGAGAUUGAUAAUGAUGUGAAGAGGGAGAAAGUUGAGAUGUUGGUUAAGGAGAUGAUGGAAGGGGAGAAGGGGAAGGAGAUGAAGAUGAAAGUUAUGGAAUGGAAGAAGAAAGCAGAGGAAGCUGUUUUAGGGCCAAAUGGAUCUUCUUAUAUUAACUUUCAAAAGCUUAUUAAAUCUAUUUAGGUUGAUGAAUAGUUUGUUGGUUUAUGACUAUAUGAAUGAAUCAUGUCAUUUGUAUAAGGUUGUGUUUGUUGAAAUAAAUGUCAAAAUAUUGUUAUCUUAAUAACACUAUUCUUAU